UUCCAUAUCCAAAGAGGAUUUUCGGGGUCGCUGAUGUGGCAUUCGCAGAAGAAAACGACAUUGAGUUUGUUGGUUUGUCUGUUUUGUUGAUGCAGGAGAAACAAAAGCGACAGUUAAACUGCCUCUAGAGGCUAGAGCGAUAGCCGAAUGAUUUCGGUAGAUAGAGAAAGAUACAUAUCAGAGACUCACGAAAUUGCAGAGGCGUAUGCUAGCGAGCCGCGCGAAUAAGCAUUCCUCAUUUCUUCAAACAAUAUGCUCAGUUUAUUCGUUUGAUGGUCCUCUAAAAGAUCGAAUCUCUCAGCACUUCUAAAUCUCUGAAGAGACUUCUCAGAUUUGAAGAUUGCGUUAAGGUUUGGGAAAUUUCUUGCAUCUUUUGGUGCUUCUGAUCCUCAUUGCCUCCAUUGGCAAUGAAUUUUGAUUUGAAUGCUCUCUUUGGAUUGAAAUGUGCCAAAAUUGAAGAGUUCAUUGGGAGAUUCAAUGCAUAAUGCAUUUAUUGAUUUAUAGGUUUUUGGUUUUUGCAAGGGAGUGAAUUUAGCUCUUUCAGAGCUGAGAGUAGAUAAUUUGAGGCUUUUGCGUGGGAAUCUAGGGGUUGGUUUGAUUGUGCUAUGGACUUCUAAAGUUUUAUGUUAUGGGGUAGACACGGAAAUGUGGUUAUUGGAGUGAUGUUUAUGGCGAAAAGUUAGAGGCCGGUUUUUACAGGGUAAAUAUUUUUGUCAAGGGCUGGUGUUCAAAUGGGCAUUGGUUCUACACCUGGGCAGCAACUUGAAUGGCUAGUCUUGCCGAGAGGGAUAUCGAACAGGCCAUUAUUGCACUUAAAAAAGGUUCAUAUUUGCUUAAGUAUGGGCGCAGAGGAAAGCCAAAAUUCUGUCCAUUUCAACUUUCAAAUGAUGAGUCUUUGUUGAUAUGGUACUCGGGCAAAGAAGAGAGGCACCUAAAACUUAGUCAAGUUUCAAAGAUUAUUCCUGGACAACGUACUGCAAUAUUUCAACGGUAUCCCCGGCCAGAGAAAGAGUAUCAAUCUUUUUCUCUUCUAUACAAUGAUAGGUCGUUGGACUUGAUAUGUAAGGACAAGGAUGAAGCUGAAGUUUGGUUUGUUGGCCUUAAUGCACUCAUUACUCGUGUUAACUACCAGCACAAGUGUAGAGCUGAAACAAGAAGUGAAAACUCAUCGUCAGAUAGUCCCCAUGCCCGUGCACGGAAGCAUUCUCCAUCAAUUUUUUCAAUUGAUGGGGGGAGAAAUGGUCAAGGAAGUCCGGUACGUUUUGAGAGUAUUCCACAAAAUAGAUUGGGAAAGGCAUUCAGUGACAUAAUAUCAUAUACCGCAGCAGCCAAGAGUCCAAGUCAUGCAGAAUUACUUGGCAGUCCUUUUGGUCCAUUAUCACCUGCCAAUGUAGAUCACUCAAAUGGUCGCAAUUCUACAGCCGAAACAGUUCGAGUCAGUUUAUCUAGUGCUGUAAGUUCAUCCAGCCAGGGUUCUUGUCAUGAGGACUUUGAUGCCUUGGGUGAUGUUUUCUUCUGGGGAGAGUGUAUUGGUGAUGGAAUACUGAGUGGCAGUGUGCACAGAGGUGGGACUUCAUCUGGUUCCAAGGUGGAUGCCGUCCUGCCAAAGGCAUUGGAAUCCAAAGUUGUCCUAGAUGUCCAUAAUAUUGCUUGUGGUGGCAGGCAUGCUGUGUUGGUCACUAAGCAAGGUGAAAUCUUCAGCUGGGGGGAAGAGUUGGGAGGUAGGCUUGGGCAUGGAAUAGAUGUAGAUAUUCCCCAUCCAAAGCUUAUAGAUACCCUCGCAGGUAUGAACAUUGAACUAGUAGCAUGCGGAGAGCAUCACGCUUGUGCUGUUACUCUUUCUGGGGAUCUUUAUACAUGGGGUGAUAGUGCAUACAAUUGUGGUCUUCUAGGGCAUCGAAGUGGAGCAAGUCAAUGGAUGCCUAAAAAGGUAGGUGGUGACUUGGAGGGCAUACAUGUAUCAUAUAUCUCAUGUGGACUUUGGCAUACAGCUGUUGUAACAUCUGCUGGCCAGUUGUUUACAUUUGGAGAUGGAACUUUUGGUGCCCUUGGCCAUGGAGAUCGCAGUAGCACAUCUGUCCCACGGGAAGUAGAAGCCUUGAUAGGACUAAGAACAACAAGAGUUGCUUGUGGUGUUUGGCACACUGCUGCCGUUGUUGGAGUAACAACUGAAUCAUCUAGUCUGGGAGUUUCUGGAAGCUCUUCAUCAGGGAAACUCUUCACCUGGGGUGAUGGAGACAAAGGCCGCCUUGGGAAUGGUGUUAAAGAACCUAGACUUUUUCCUGAGUGUGUAGUAGCACUAGGUGAUGAGAAUCUCUGUCAAGUAGCUUGUGGGUAUAAUCUCACAGUUGCCCUGACAACGUCAGGACGGGUAUAUACAAUGGGGAGUACUUCAUAUGGACAACUUGGAAAUCCUGCAUCUACUGGUAGGGCUCCAAAUAUGGUUGAAGGUAAUCUAGCAAGUAGUUUUGUUGAAGACAUUGCCUGUGGUUCUUAUCAUGUUGCAGUUUUGACUUCCAAGGGAGAGGUUUAUACCUGGGGAAAAGGCAAAAAUGGACAAUUAGGCCAUGGAGACAAUGAUGACAGAAAUACACCUACGUUUGUUGACUUUCUAAAAGAUAAGCAAGUAAAGGCUGUAGCAUGCGGUUCAAAUUUUACUGCAAUCAUAUGUCUUCAUAAAUGGGUUUCUAGCACUGACCAGUCACAGUGCUUUGGUUGUCGUAAUCCAUUUGGUUUCAGAAGAAAACGACACAAUUGUUACAACUGUGGCUUAGUCUUUUGCAAUGCAUGCACUAGCAGAAAAUCCAUAAAAGCUUCCUUGGCUCCUAACAUGAACAAGCCGCAUAGGGUCUGUGAUGAUUGUUUCAAUAAACUAAAGAAGGCAUCAGAAUCUGGUCUGAUUACACGAAUACCUAAACCCAGAGGUGGAUCCGUGAAUCAAAAGACCAAUGAGACAGGAGAUAGAGAGAUUCUGGCUCCCAAAUUACAGUCGCAACUCUCCAGACUUUCAUCUGCAGAGUCGACUGGUACAUCAGAAAGCUUGCAUUCGAGGGGUGAAAGAAGAUCCCAAUCAGAUACUGGCCGUAUCUUCCCUGUUCUAAAUGGAAAUUGGCAGUUGGGGGGCCUUUAUUCAUUGAAAGUAUCAAAUUUUCUACUUGGAACUACAAAGAAACCUUCUCAAGAUUCAGCUUCUAGUUCCAAAAUGGCCUCUCAAGCAAUACUUCCUCUACCAGGAAGAAUGAGUCCACCUCGAGGUUCUUUUGAUGAUUCAAAGUACAUCAAUGGCAUUUUAAAUGAUGAAAUUACAAGCUUAAGGGCUCAGGUGGAAGAACUCACUUCCAAAUCCCGACGCCUUGAAGCUGAACUUGAAAGAAAAUCGAGGCAACUUAAGGAAGUCGCUGCAAUAGCAGCAGAUGAAGCUGAAAAACGCAAAUCUGCAAAGGAAGUUAUUAAGUCGCUUACUGCUCAGUUGAAGCAAAUGGCUGAAAAACCACCGGAACGACGUAGCGUCAGCCCGGUUUCAGGUUCUAUUACAAAACAUCCCUCUGGCACUGAAGACAAGCCAUCGACUGAGAGAUAUGCUUCAGGUGAACUCUCUCGUGAAAUUGAGUCCAAUGGCAAUUCAGCAGAUCAUCAAAUGCUGUCAUAUAGAACUAAAACUCAAACUGAGAAGCCACAGUGGGUGGUGCAACCUGAACCAGGCGUGUACAUUACAUUGUCUUCCUUGCCAGGUGGUGGUAAUGAGCUCAAGCGGAUUCGUUUCAGUCGGAAACAUUUCACAGAACAACGAGCAGAGAGGUGGUGGGCAGAAAAUGGAUCCAGGCUAUGCGAGCGGCAUAACAUACAAAGUAGACUGAGACGUAAGAGAAGUAAGAAUGUAGGGAAGAGGAUAAACAAAAAGGAUAAAUGAAGUGCAUUUUGAGUUUGUGGCACUGUCCUUUUCUUUGCUUUUCUUUUUCUUUUUCUUGAAUUUUGUUCAACUGUUGUCUUCAAGCUAGUCAACAGAGAUGAAAGUAACACGUAAAUACAUGUAAAAAGAAAAUACAUUUCUGGAACGCAUUUCUUCAAAAGGCACAAUUUCUUAAGUAAUGUGAUUAAAGCAAUCAGAGAGCAGCCUCAUAGUGAA